CUCAUUCUUUCUCUUCCCAUGUUCCAGACUUCUCUUCCUUCCCGUGACCAAGAGUGGUCGCGUCUACUCCGUUUUCUUGCCUGGGUAUCCGUGACCGGGAGAAUCUCGACGGAACAGGGGAUAACUACGUCACCCCGUCGCUAGAUCCCGGUGUUGGACCGACCUAACAGGCCAUAAUUGAUGCUGUGGCCGCGCUCGAAGCCGGUCCCGCGGCUCCGAAUCGCGCGUCUGGGCCCUUCUGGAUCACUCCCGCGGUCUGGUCCCGCCACCGUCGGGCGCUCUGGCACGCCGACUGCAACUACGGCCUCAAUCCUGCUCCCACCUGACGGCCAUCGUGGCUUCGCUAGCCUGCUCGGCGCUCGAUUCCGCUCGCGGCCACCAUCCCCGCAGCUGGACCAGGUUCGCGGCAAGAAGACGAGGACGGUGGUCAAGUUGGACGAGUUGCCCCAAGGCUUUGUCGCACCAUCAGAGCCGCUCCCUCCCGACGAGGAUGAGCCCGCAUACCCAACCGUGGUGCUGCAGGCGCGCCGCAACAUGCAAAAGUUUGACAAUUGCGUGCUGCUCACGCGCGUCGGCGGCUUCUACGAGUUGUAUCUGGACCAGGCCGAAGAGUAUGGCCCUCUCCUCAACCUCAAGGUAGCCCAGAAAAAGACGAGCGUCGGCCCAGUCCCAAUGGCCGGAUUCCCCUUCUUCCAGCUGGACCGUUUCCUCAAGAUACUCGUCCAGGACUUCAAUCGCCACGUAGCCAUUGCCGAGGAAUUCCCAAAUGACCCUUCGGAGAAGGUCAAGUCCGGCGGUCUGAUGCACAAUCGCAAGGUAACCCGUAUCGUCACGCCGGGCACCCUGAUCGACGAGAACUUCAUGGAUCCCUAUGCACCCAACUAUGUCAUGGCCAUCUACCUGCCCGACCCGGUGGCGUCGGAUCAUGUGAGCCACCGAGACGGCCCACGUCCCACGGCAGCGUCAGAGCCCGCCAUUGAAGCCCCGGCCCGGCUGGGCCUGGCGUGGCUGGAUCUGUCAACGGGCUGCUUCUUCACCCAGCCCACCACGCUCCCCGCGCUCGGCUCCGUCCUUUCUCGGGAAGCUCCGCGGGAGAUAGUCCUUGACAAGGUGCUAGAGUCUGAUCAGAACCAUUCGCUCUUGUCUGUCCUCCGGGAGGAGAGGUACCCCGUGACAUACUCGGCCCGGGGGGAGCUGAGGCAGCUUUCCGACUGGGCGCCGAUGCUGGAGUCGGAGAUACCCGCCCAAACAGUCGAAAACUUCACAGACUGCGAAGUGCAAGCGGGGAAUAUCCUGCUGAACUACGUCAUGGACCGCCUUCAGGGGUUGAGCGUGAAGCUGCAGCCGCCCAUGCGUCACGAGAGCAUGCAUAUCAUGAAUAUUGACAAGAACACCAUGCGCUCCCUGGAAAUCAAGCAGACUAUCAGGGACGGCGCCUUCAGGGGAAGCUUACUGCAUGCUAUCAGAAGAACAGUGACCAAGAGUGGAGCCAGGCUUCUCAACGAGUGGCUCAGCGCUCCGUCAACUUCGCUAGAGGUCAUCAACUUCCGGCUAGAUCUAGUCUCCCGCUUCAUCCAAGAUGAGGACCUCCGAGACGCCAUCGUCGUCCUCCUUCGCAGAAGUCAUGAUUCUCAGCGUCUCUCUCAGAAGUUCGCGCUCAACCGGGGUGACGCAGACGACCUCCUACGUCUGGCCAACACCAUCAAGGCCACAGAAGACAUAGUCAAUCUUUUGAAGACGGCCGUUCGAUCCCAGACGGCCGGCGGGCCAGAGAAAGACUGCCUCUCCGCCAUGGUGGAUCGCAUCAGCCUCGACCAGCCCCUGAAACUCGCCAAACAGAUCCGCGACGCCAUCGACGAGGAAGGGCUGGUCCAGCAGCACGAGAUUGAGGACAGCAACGCAGGCGAGAUGAUGGCGCUCGCCCAGGAGAUCGUCAAGACCGAAGGGACCGAACAAGACAGCACGAUCCUCCCCAAGGGAGCCGCGGCCAAGACGGCCAGGAAGAAGACCGCCUCCAUCCGGGACCACUACGGCGAGGACAAUGAAGUCUGGAUCAUGAAACCCGGCGCCUCGGCCCUUCUCUCGCGCCUGCACGGCCAGCUCGCCGCUCUCCGUCAGGAGAAGGACCAGCUGACCGAGACCCUCCGCGCGCGCCUCAACGCAGCCUCCCUCACCCUCCGCUGGACGCCCGGCCUAGGCCACAUCUGCCACGUCAAGGGCAAGGAUGCGCGGAGCGCCCCGUCUAGCGGUAGCGACUCGGGGCCGUUCCGUACCCUCUCAUCCAGCCGGUCGACGCGCUCCUUCCACCAGCCCGAAUGGACUGUCCUCGGCGAGGCCCUCGACAAGCUCCGCCUCCAGAUCCGCGGCGAGGAGCAGCGCGUGUUCGCCUCGCUGCGUGCUCGCGUGGUCAAGAACCUCGUCAAGCUGCGGCGCAACGCCCUCGUGCUCGACGAGCUCGACAUCGCCACCUCCUUUGCCCGCCUCGCUGUCGAGCAGCGCCUCGUCCGGCCCAUCCUGACCAACACCCGGCAGACCAUUAUCGUCGGCGGGCGGCAUCCGACCGUCGAAGGCGGGCUGGCCGAGCAAGGGCGGACGUUUCAGAAGAACGAUCUCUUCCUCGGCGCCGCCGCACCAUCGGGGGUAGGCCAACAACAACAACAACAACAAGAAGGGCAGCAAGACGCGGGAGGGCAUGGCCGUGUCUGGCUCAUCACCGGUCCCAACAUGGCGGGCAAAUCGACCUUCCUGCGACAGAAUGCACUCAUCACCAUCCUGGCGCAGAUCGGGUGCUACGUGCCGGCCGACUAUGCCUCCGUCGGGAUCGUCGACGCCAUCUUCAGCCGGGUCGGGUCGGCGGACAACCUGUUCCAGGACCAGAGCACCUUCAUGGUGGAGAUGCUCGAGACGGCCGCCAUUCUGCGGCAGGCGACGCCGCGAUCUCUCGUCAUCAUGGACGAGGUCGGUCGCGGAACGACGCCCGAGGAUGGCACGGCCGUCGCCUUCGCCGCACUACACCACUUAGUGCGAGUCAACAAGUGCCGCGCUCUAUUCGCGACGCAUUUCCACGGCAUCGCAGACUUGGUGGGAAAAGAGGGCUUGGGGAUCGCAAACGGGGGUCCUGACGGGACGGUUGACACGUACUGUACGGACGUGGAAGAGGAUGAGCAGGGUGGGUUUGUCUACGUUCACAAGCUGCGCAAGGGAGUCAAUAGGCAAAGUCACGCACUCAAGGUAGCACGGCUGGCUGGGCUUCCAGAACAGGCGGUACAGGUCGCCCAGCAGGUGUUGCAGGAAUCAGGCGUCGAGAUAUCACUGAGAAAGGGCGAGCCCGCAAUGGCUGCGUCAUCAGCAGCAGCAGUGGUAGGAUGAUUCGGGAGAUGGGGGGACUUCACUGUAUAUUUAAUCAGCCUCGAUACCCCAUAGAAUGAAUGCAUGUAUCUCUUAUCAAGGAGAGGAAGAUGUGCCUCAUAAGUUGUGAUGGGUUUGUCAUCAAGGGUGUUCAGGGUUAAAAAGCUCUUUGAUCAUUUUGCAUAAUCAUCGACAGGUCGGAGGAUCGGAAAAGGGAAGAGAAGGACUAAC